ACAUCAAAAUAAUUUAAUUUAGACAUUCAUUUAAAUUCAGUAAUAUGAUUUAUAACUGUUUUUUUGUCCGUAUGAUUCAUUCAGUGACCAGGUCAAAAGAUGUUGAUGUGAGAACACCAGUUGCAGGAUUUUAAAAGAAACAAUUUGGACGCAAACACAGUCACUGUUCAGCUUUCGGUCUGUCUGCAAGCUGCUAUACAGACAGCUGAGUAAAAACACAGUAAAAAACAUUAAAACUGUUUCCAGGUGACAGGAGGCUUUCAGUGCUUCUGUGUGUUUCCUCUUGUGUGUUUGCACUGCUGCUGGUUUGUUCCCAAACAUCACACUCCUUUCAAAUGGCUGCUGUAAUACCGGCCCAUAUUGAAAAAGUUAGUUUAAAUAGAGUAAAAGUGUUACGGUUAAAAACCUGAAGAGAAAUACUGUGCUCCACUGCUCCGGCUGCACGAAAAGGAGGCCUCUCUUGAUCUGUUUUUUCUUUGAGAAACAAACUAAAAGAGCACUGAGCAGUAAAGCACUUCCUCAAAACGACAAGUGCACAGUUUGAAGCUCAAGCUGUUCUGGAACAACAGGUUCAAAACUAAGGCUUACAAACACCAAGGAGUAAAUAAGAGUUUACAAAGAGGGCACUUUGCUCUUACAGAAUACAGGGUUCUUCCCAAGGAGAAAAGCUCCUUUGCUUCUUCAGCCGUUGCUCAAACUAUUUUAAAAUAUUAAUUAAAAAAAAAGUGGUAAAGAUAAUCAGUUAAUGAAAAUAUAAAGAAAACAGCGAGAUGAUUUUUUUUCUUUUGAAUUUUUGUUACAGAUGUUACAUCAAACCUCGGCGUUACUGCAGUCAUGCGUAAAACAGCUUCUGUUCUGCUGUUUGGUGACAUAUUUUCAGUCCGGGAACCAAUGAUCGAUUUGCAUAAGAAACAGACUGAUAACUGGACCCCUCCCUCGAAAUGGAAAUUCGGAGAACCUGGUACCGUUUCGCCGAGCGCGUGUACCCCGUUAUGGGAGUAAUACGUGCGUUCUCUGUCACCGUUCACGGGUCUGACUCGAGUGUCGCCCGCUCGCGCUCAAAGACCCGGGAUCGCGCUCCUCGCGUCGUCGCGGUUCGCUUUAAGGGGGAGGAGCCACGCGGAGCCCGCAGCGAGGCGUCGUGAGGCGUCGUGACUCGUUCUUUCGGAAGUGGAGGAAGAGCUCGGAGUUGAGCCGCGGCCCCCGCGGACGGACGGCUGGAUCGGAGGACCCCGGGGACUGAGCGCGAGCCUUCGGGAAGCGGCCGCAUCGAGAACGCGCCUGCAGGGACGCGCGCGGGGCGCCGCACAUGAACACAAACAAGUCAAGUGUGGGAACACGUGUAGACACAUCGGAGCUCUGGGAAGAGGAGGCGCUCGGCGGAGGUUUUUCGCUUCGUGUUUCACCAGCUGUUACACUGUGUGUUUACACUGUUUACGCUGUUGUCGGGCUGCGCGCAAAGAGCGAGAUCAUCACACGGACGAAUCGCAGAGUGAAAGUGACUGAUUGGCUGCUGCUCUUUCAUUACAGAGACAUGAUGAUUGAUUGUUGCGCUGGUAAGAGAGUGUAACCGGUGGCUCUCUAUAAUAAGUUACCUCUCCUUCCUUCCUUCCUUCCUUCCUUGUCCCUCUUUUCCAGCCCGCGCGAUGGACUAAGGCGCUAUGCCGGGAGCGCGCGCCCCCGCGUCCUCGCUCUCCUGCCGCGGCGCUCGUCUCGUUCCCUCGGUUGAACCCGCCGCGUCCCCGCGGUCGUCAUGUCCUACAGCACGGCGGCCUCCUCCUGGGAGGACAUGUCCACGGUCCAAGUGCAGGGGGCGGCCGACGAGUGUCACCUGGUGAUGAAGCUGAACGGCAGCCAGCGCUGCCUCUUCAUCCUGAACACCCCCGACUGCUCCCAGGAGGACGGCUUCAUCAGCUACCUGAGGGUGGCCUUCUGUUCGUUCCCGGCUCACCUCUUCCCCCUCGCCAUCUUCCUCUAUGCUCUUUGGCUUCUCCUCCUGUUUAUGGCCCUUGGACUCACGGCGUCGAAGUUUUUCUGCCCCAACCUGUCAGCAAUAUCUGCCACCCUGCGACUGACGCACAACGUGGCUGGAGUGACCUUCCUGGCUCUGGGAAAUGGGGCACCGGAUGUAUUCAGCGCAGUGGCUGCGUUCUCGCACCCGCACACAGCAGGCCUGGCCAUCGGGGCGCUUUUUGGAGCGGGGAUCUUUGUUACGACUGUCGUCGCAGGCGGCGUGGCCCUGGUCAAGCCCUUCACGGUGGCCUCCCGGCCCUUCCUGCGGGACGUCAUCUUUUACAUGUGCGCCGUCUUCUGGACCUUCGUCAUCCUCUUCAAGGGACAGAUGACCCUGGGAGAGACGCUGGGAUACAUCAGCCUGUACGUACUCUACGUCCUCACGGUCAUCAUCAGCGCUUAUAUCUACAACCGUCAGAAGCGCUUCAUCAACGGGCCCUUGCAGAACAGCCCCGCUCACGUACCGGCCUUGCAUUCGGAAUCCGAUGACGAAAGCCCAGGUUACACUCCGUCGUCGAGCAUCCAGGGCUGCGAGAGCGAGUACCAGCCCUUGCUGCCCUACACGGAGUCCACCACCCAGAUCUUCCUCGGCUCCCUCAACCCAGUGGACGGCAGGAAGUGGAGGAGGAAGCCCUGGUACUGGAGGGCCUUAAAAGUGGUGAAAAUUCCCAUGGAGGUGCUGCUGGUGCUCACCGUGCCCGUGGUGGACCCCGACAAAGAGGACCGCAACUGGAGAAGACCUCUCAACUGUCUGCAUCUUCUCACGGGGCCGCUGGUGUGCGUGCUCACCUUCAACUCGGGAAAGUACGGCCUCUUCUACAUCCAGGGCGAGUUCCCGGUCUGGGCGUUAACUCUCGCCGUCGGCUCCUUCCUCGGCCUCAUCGUCUUCUGCAGCACCGUCAACGACCGUCCCCCCAGAUACCACUUUCUCUUUGCCCUGCUGGGCUUCCUGGUGAGCGCCAUGUGGAUCAACACGGCCGCGUCGGAGGUGGUCAGCCUGCUGCGCACGCUCGGAGUGGUCUUCAGUCUCAGCAACACGGUGCUGGGCCUCACGCUGCUGGCCUGGGGCAACAGCAUCGGAGACUGCUUCUCUGACAUCACCAUCGCACGCCAGGGGUAUCCGCGCAUGGCCAUCUCCGCCUGCUUUGGGGGCAUCAUCUUCAAUAUGGUUUUUGGCGUGGGGCUCGGCUGCUUGCUGCAAAUGUUCACGCACGACAACGUGGUGAAGCUGGAGCCCGAGGGGCUCCUCGGAUGGGUGCUGGCGGGGGCCCUGGGCUGCAGCCUGGCCAUCUCCUUCGUGCUCGUCCCGCUGCAGCGCUUCCACCUGAGCCGCGCCUACGGGUUCUUCCUGCUCGUCUUCUACGCCGUCUUCCUCCUGGUGGCGCUGCUCACGGAAUUCGGCAAGAUCCGAAUGGACUGGUGAGCCCCGAAACGGGGCCCCCCCUCCGGAGGAAGGGCCCUCGGUCCGGUCCCCCGUCUGCGUGUCCGAAUUGUUUUCUCGGGGCUCUUUGUGUCUCAGUCAUGCUUUUAAGGUGAGGGUUUUGGGGUUUUAACACUGUUUACCGCUGUAAAUGUUUUCGGUGUUAUUUCAGUCGACCGUGAAAAUAGGGUAUAUUUUUUUUUAUGCAAUCAUUUAUUAAAAUUUUAUGAUUUUACUGUUUCGGAGGUCCUGUUUUAAAGACCCCCUUCCUGCAUUCGGAGUAGUCAGGCAGUAGGAGUGAAUACCGUAAGUUACGUGUUGACGCUUCAGUGCUCACCGUUUACUUCUCUUAUUUUUCCCACCUAAAAUUGUGCUCCUUAUACCUUUUGAGUUGCUGUUUUGAUCCAGGUCUCACAUUACUGCUAUUUCAUCUUUGGUAGGUAAUUUUAAUUUUUACUCUAUCGAGUUGUCAGUCGUGUUUAAGGUUCCCAAAGCCCCCCCCCACACCCGGUGUGCACACCACUCCGUGCCCUGUUGCGGCAGCUGUAGCCCAAACUGGGGAAUUUGGGUAGAGAAGCACCUCUGUGCUGCUGCCUUCGCUGCUACUUCUUGCCCUUGUGUGAAGGACCCCCCGUGAGGCCCUAUCUGCGGCUUUUCUCCGAACGCACGAACCCACCCCGUGCUCCCGGCACCUUCGCUUUCCACUUAUUCAGCCUUAGCCGUGACCUCAGGGACAGCGCUUCCCGCUCCGCACCGUUGCAGGAUCCCGGUGACCCCGGCGCGUUUCCUCGGACGUUCUGGGCCCCUCGCAACAGGACAGAUUCCAGGGGUCACUGAAAUGAACUCAUUUUUAAGAGUGAUGUGCUUAAAUUCCGCUCGCUCUCCACGCAGGAGUUCCCUUCCAGUCCAUCUGAAUUCUUUACAGGAAUCAGCUGAGGCACCGAAGAGGACAUUAGUGGUCACUUUUGCGGCCCCGUAAAGUAACCGUACCCAGGAAUGGCUUUGACUUGCUGUACAUCUCACUCAGUACUUGUCGUGACUGCAGCGAACGAAAGGAAUCGAGUUCAACCUUUGCGUCUGUGACCUUGUGAUUUUCCUUCGCCGUUCCGACAUUUAAUUACUUGACCACGGCUGGAUUGCUGGUCUCCGAAAUCUCUGUCCAGCUGUGUGGCAACUGUUCUCGAUACUGAGCGUUACUUUGUGGCCGUUUUUAUCGAAAGGCGAAUAAACGCCACCGUUGAUUUGCACCAGGGCUGGAUGUUUCUCAUCACAAGGUGGAACUUGUCAAAGUGUAGUAUUAUCAUUUUGGUUGUUUCCUGAUUCAUGUGAACAUGUGCAUGUAACUCAUCUUACACAAACUCGUUUAUUCCGAGACUUUAAAGGAGGGAAAAUCAGAUUAAUGGGGUGCAAUAGUUUUAUCACCUUUGGGAAAUACUAAUUUUAAGCAAGUGUACUUUACUAGUGUCAGUAUGCAAAUAUUACCAGUCAUUUGGGGUGAAUGUGUCUCCCCCUUGUAUUCUUUGUGUGCGUUAACCCUACUUGUUUUAUAGCAAAUCUUGUGUGUGUACAAUUGUGAUGCAAUUUAAACUACCAUCACUAAAUUACAUAAAUUUAUAUUCAAUAAAGAUGUCUUAUUUUGCGCAUGUGAUUUUUAGCCUAUUUGAUAUGUAAGUAAUAUUUUCCUGUGUAUUUGUUGUUGUAUAUCUUCACUUGUCUAUUUUCCAAGGAGCAAAAACAACCUGCGUUUCCAUGUCCUGCCUUUAGUGGGCAGUAAAACACCCGUCCAAACCACCUUUACAUCUUUGCUUACAGUCCUCUGGGGACUUGUACCUGCUGUAGGCAAUGUUGUUUUGCCCUCCCCCGUUGAGGGUAUCUUUGGGUAGAAGACAGGUGGAGAUGGCAUGGUGGUGAUCAGGGUUUAUAUGUUCAUGAUUGACAGGUGAGCAUAAAUGUGGCUGAUCUAACAUGUGCCCCCC